AUGUUCACACAUGCCUACCUCGCCGCGCGAAACAGCAUCAACAGCAUGGUAGCGGACGACGAGCACAAGGCGCGCCUGCUGGCGACGGUCAAGAAGGAAGUCAAGCAGGUGAUGGAGGAGUCCGUCACGCGGAAACACAUCCACGAGGAUAGCGGUUCGGUGACGGCGCUGUGUGCCGCCGUGGAGGCUUGCCUCUCUCAAGGAUUAAGACGUAGAGCGUUAGGAUUGUUUAAAACUUCAAGCACCACAGCUCUCCUGCAUAAAAUCGCUAAACACUGCGAGGAAGCCGCGGUGAUUUCACGCAGAGUGCAAGAAAUCGAAAACGCGGACCCGACACGCCGUUCCAGUUCGAGUAGCGACAGCGUGACAAAACCCACGCUUAAAAAAGGAGUCUCCUUACCAUCGGUGGCACCCAUCCCCAAAUAUCUCUGGCUGCGACUGGCGCUCUUCGAGAAACAACUUGCGAAAAUCAUCGAUCAUUUGGUGACCAACGCAAGCAAAUAUUACGAUAAAGACGCGCUGGUUGCCGAUGAUGAUUUCGGUAACAUUCUUUCUUCUCUACUGGUGGGUCCCUGCGCAUUAGACUAUUCACGGGCUAGAAAUCACGAUCAUUACUAUACGGAUCCACCAGCUGACGAACUAGUGCAACGAAGUAAAAUUUCCAGCUCGCACUCAACCCCGCCCCCUGUGCGACGCCCAAUUGACUUUAAACGAUCACUCAACACCUCCGCCGAAGAAUGUGUCAACCGGCCGACGUCGCAGUACGCCAAGGACUACGUCGAAAGCCUGCAUCAAAACAACAAAGCAACUUUACUCUUCGGGAAAAACAAUGUACACGUGCUACCACCGAGCGCAAAUGAACAAAUGCCCGGGUAUCUUGGCCUGUACCAAAACGCGCAUUGUUUGGUCAUAAAAUGGACGCCGAAUCAGCUAAUGAACGGCGGCACGGCAGAAGAAGUGCACGAUACAAGUAUCUAUUGGGAUUAUGCUCUACAAGUGCGUUUAGAUGAGAUUGUCUACGUGCAUUGCCACCAGGACUCCGAAUCAGGCGGGACGGUUAUCCUCGUUGGACAAGAUGGCGUCCAACGUCCGCCGAUUCACUUCCCGAAAGGUGGCCACAUGCUCGCGUUCCUCAGCUGCAUCGAAACCGGUUUACUUCCGCGCGGACGUUUGGAUCCGCCAUUGUGGUCACAGCGUGGCGGGCAGAAUAAGAAAAAGAAACGUCCGCUGCCCGCACUCGCCGAGACAGAAGAAAUGAACAAGGAUUAUGUUUUCCGGAUCAUCGACAACCUCAACUCAAACAUGACCAUACCCAAGAGGAAUGAGUUGAUGGAUACGCACGCGAAACUACCGACAAAGAUGCGUGUGCAGUUGGCGUCUUCAUCGACCAGUUCGGAGAGUUCCACGAAGAGUUUCAGUAUGGAUCAAGCGCAGUUGGGGCCGCCGUCACCGCCCACAGUCUGUAUACGCGCUGUAUGUGAUUCUAUGAAGCGGCAGAUUAUCUCACGCGCUUUCUACGGAUGGUUGGCGUAUUGCAGACACUUGAAUACAGUCCGGACGCAUCUGAGCGGAUUAGUGAAUACUGAAAUCAUCAACGAUGAAGGCGCAAAAGAUGGUAUCACACCGGAAAAAUGGUCUGAAUUAUGCGCGGACGGUGUAUGUGCCAAUGGCGCUGAAGUUUUCCGAUUGGCGUAUUUCGGUGGUGUUGCAAAUGAUGACCUCCGACGUGAAAUAUGGCCGUAUUUAUUAGGCCAUUGGAAAUUCGGCAGUACGAUUGACGAACGCAAUGUACUUAAUGAAGAAACAAAACAAGCUUAUGAAAACACCAUGAGUGAAUGGCUUGCGGUGGAAGCCAUAGUCAAACAACGCGAUAAGGAAACGCAGGCGAUCGCCAUUGCGAAACUCAGCAGUGAGAGUGUCAGUGGUGAUCAAGCACCGCAUAAAAUCCCCAGCGAGUUGAGCAAUGAAGUGUUUGAAGACGACGUCAGCGACUACGAAUACAUUUCAAACGAAGAACUAUCAUCAAACGACGAGGAAAACGACCCAGGAGAUGAAAAAGAUGCAAAACCGAAUAAUAAAAAACCAAAGAAACAAAACACGAUCAAAUACACCGGAAGUGAUGGCGAGUGUGAAGGUGACGCUGAAGAAGCGUCAAUUGCGUUAUGCGCAGAGGAUGAAAACAACGCGCAACCCACCUGUUUCGAUGUGCACGAAGUAAUCGUGACGAAUGCGAGCGUCGAUAUCUGCAUGGGCAUCGACAAAGACGGUAAUCUAACCUCUGAUUUGGAUUCCGUGCAGGAGGAGGCGGCCAUGUUGGAUUCCUGCUUGGAGACGCACGGAUUAGUAUCACCCGCGUGCGUAUCACCAGCCAGCAGCAAUGGCGGCGUCUACAGCACCGAAUUACUGAAUAACUUCGGAUUAAACUUACAUAGAAUCGAAAAGGACGUCCAGCGUUGCGAUAGAAACUUCUGGUACUUUGCCGGAGAGAAUCUGGAUAAGUUACGCAAUGUUAUGUGCACUUACGUCUGGGAGCAUUUGGACAUUGGUUACAUGCAAGGCAUGUGCGAUCUAGUCGCGCCACUCCUCGUCAUCUUCAACGACGAGAGUUUAACCUACGCGUGCUUCUGUCACCUGAUGGAGCGCAUGAUCGAGAACUUCCCCAAUGGCAACGCGAUGGACUGCCACUUCGCCAACAUGCGCUCGCUGAUUCAGAUCCUCGACUCCGAGAUGUACGAGUUGAUGCACGCGCAUGGCGACUACACACAUUUCUACUUCUGCUAUCGCUGGUUCCUGCUGGAUUUCAAGCGCGAGCUGGUCUAUGAUGAUGUCUACGCGGCGUGGGAGACCAUCUGGGCGGCGCAGCGCAUUUCCUCCGGACAUUUCGUCCUGUUUCUCGCGCUGGCAUUCCUGGAAACAUACAGAGAUAUUAUUCUAGGCAAUUGUAUGGAUUUCACGGACAUCAUCAAGUUUUUCAAUGAAAUGGCCGAAAGACACGAUGCAGCGUCAGUGAUCAAACUAGCGCGUGAAUUGGUGCUACAAUUACAACUGCUCAUCGAGAACAAGUAAAAAAAGCCUAAGAAACAAGUGAGUAUCGAUGGUUGUUGACCUAAGAAACAAACAUUUACAUCCCUAGUAUUCAUUUCUAUACAUAUGACUAGUUUUGAUUUCUGUGCGCGAGCGGACGAACACAAACUUUAUGUGCCUUUUUUAUAUAUUGAAAGUUGACUACCGGUUUUGCGAUUUGAUCACAUUAUGACUACAUAACCUCCACACUGUUUAAAAACACUUAAACACUUUAUCUAUACAUACAAUGAAAUAAAAACUACAAAUGGAAUAGAGAAUUAUAUUUAUAUACGCGGUGUGUGUGCUGCGACGCGCCCGGGCGAGUCGAUAAACUAACAAAAACACAAACUAUCUACACUAAAAAUGAAUGUAUAGAGAAAUCUAAGAAUAUCUAAACAUAGCUAUAUAGUUAAUAUUUUCAUUCAAUGUUUCAUAUUAUAUAUAGCAGAUAUAUUUUUAUUAUAUAAACAAUGCAAUGUCUCAAAAUCGUUGAAACCUGUGUGCCAAAGAUGUUGAUUUCGAUUGAGUUUUCAAAAUGGCCGACAAAUGAGUUACGCCAAGUUACGGGUAAAAAAUUUAUUAGAACACAAAGAGAACUAUUAACGAUCGUACACUUGAUGUAAAUAUAAUAACAUAUCACUUGUAUCUUGUACUUAUAUGUUCAGGGUUGAGAAAUUCGCAGUUAUUCUGUUCUAUCAUCAAGUUUUCGGUUAGAAAAUGAAUGCAAGUUGAAUUUGUGAAUGCGGAGCGACACAAAACAGAAAAAUUACUCUAUUGUAGAUUAAACUAUGCAGAAUAUCAUAAA